CUUGGCGGCCACCGUAGCAGCAGCAGCUUAAAAGUCGUCAAACAUGGCGUUUGAAAACUUUUGACGCGUCGAAACUUCCUGGAAGGAAACGUCCCUUUGCAAACCGUCAGUGGGUAGCAUUCGUUCGACAUCAUUACAUAUUUACAGAGCCAGCAACUCGACGGAUGUCCAAAUUGGGGGGGAAACACGUCACUCGCAACUUAACGUCGACCGGCGAAAGAUGGAUGCUAAGGCUAACUUUGCUAAGCAGUUUGACUAAGUUAGCUUGGUGGCUAAACAUUACUUCCGUGUCGUAAAUGUCGCCACGUCAUAAAACAUAGUAGUGUUGUCAGCUUUGACUGCGUUCGGGCUUCAAAUUCGGGGUGAGGAUGUUGGCUUGUCUACGUUACUGCGUCAGCCACUGCCUCCGAGCGGCCAUGACUCGGCUGGAGGAGGCGAACGGGGAGGCGAGCAUGUGGUCCUCAGUCCGGUGGCUGGGCUACCUGUCCGGCCUCAACCUGCUGGUGGCGCUGUGCCUGGGUCUCUACGUGCGUUGGGAGAAGACGGCCGAGUCCACCCUCCUGAUCAUCUUCAUCCUAGCUCUGCUGGUCCUGGUUCUGGCCAGCGUGCUGUACUACUCCUACAACAUGGAGCGCCUCAGCCUCAACCUCCUCCACUUGUGGUUGGGCUUCUUGCUGGGCUUGCUGUGCUUCAUUAACAGCCCGGCCCUGGAAGGCGACGCCAAGGAGCAGGCGUCCAACGGCCUCCUCGUGUCCAGCGUGUCCCUGAGGACGCUGUGGGCGCUGCUGGAGAGGAUGCUGGGCUGCACCCGACACCGACCCGCUUUCCUCACGUGGGCCGAACGUCUGGAGCUGGUAGGCUUUGCCGUCGCCAGCACGGUGUUGCUUCUUCACAUGGCCUUGAGUGUCACGGUGCUGGUGGUGGCCCUCGCUGCUGUCAUGGUGGCGCUGAGGCUGAAGGCGGCGCUGGCGCUGUCCAACCUGGCGUGCUUCACCAUCAUCACCGCACAUUUCUUCUUUGAGACGCUUCCUGUCAGAACCAACCCGUUUGCCCUGGGAUGCUUCUUCGGGUUGCUCAUCAGUGACCCGCUGCUGGACGUCUACUUCAGCGGCCUCUCCGUGACCGAGCGAUGGCAGCCGUUCUUGCAUUGGGGGGGCUUGCGGCGCCGCCUUUCCCUCCUGCCUUUGCUGCUGCUGGAGGUGGUCUUCACCGUGCUGGUGGCACGGGUGUUGAGCCACCCGUACCCGUGGUACCUGAUGAUCCCGGCUUUCGUGGCGUGCAUGCUCUUCUGGGCCAUCUGCCACUUGGUGUUCUUCAUCACCGUGUGGGGCUUCCACAGCAAGCUGAGCGACUGCCAGAGGGCGUGUCUCCUCCAGGGGUCGGGGCUCAGCGGCCUGGACAAGAUCAUGGCCUCCAAGGGCAUGAGACACUUCUGCCUCAUCUCCGAGCGCCUCCUCAUCUUCACGCUGGUGUCCACUGUGGCUGUUGCUGCUUUCUCCUGGCAGGCUUCCAGCAGCAUCUUCUUAAGCACCUUCCUGCUGGUCCUCCCGCUGGAGUCUGUCUUCCAUGGCCUCUUCCAUGAGCUGGGCAGCAGCCUGGGAGGAACAUGUGUGGGGUACGCUGUGGUCGUCCCCACCAACUGCUGCAGCCCUGAUGGCCAGCCCAUGCUGCUCCCGCCCAGCCAGGUCCAUCAGGUCAACAUGCGCUCCACCAGCAUGCUGAAUAACAUCCAGUGCUUCUUCUCCCACCACCUCAUUGAGACCUUUGGCUGUGACUACUCCACCAGUGGCGUCACCCUGGAGGCCCUGCAGGCCAAGCUGAAGUCCUUCAUGGAGCUGCGCACUGCAGACGGGCCUCGCCACGACAUGUAUGUGAUCUUCUACAGUGGACACGCGUACCGCUCUGGAAAAUGGGCACUGGCAGGGGGCGACACUCUCGGUCUGGACCAGAUAGUGCAGUGGUGGCGGGAGAAGAACGGCGGCUUCUGCUCUCGCCUCAUCCUCGUGCUGGACUGCCACAACUCCCUGGCGAUGGCAAAGGAGGUUCGCAAGGUGGAGGGCGUCUACGUGGCCGUGCAGGGCGCCACCCUCGUCAACGCAGCCGACGUGGAGCAGCUGGAGCCCCAGACGGGCGACUUCUUCUCCCAGUGGGUGGAGUACAACUGCAACCCCAACAGCAACACCCGGUGGUCUCAGAGGGGCAGGGCGGUGUCGGCUGACUAUGGCGUGUCCCGACACUGGAGCGACUACACGCUGCACCUGCCCACAGGUCACGAUGUCACCCACCACUGGAGGGUGCACUUCCCCCGCGUCACCUACCCUGUGGUGCAGAUGGCGCUGUGGGGCGGGGGCCUCAACCAGCUGUGGCUCUGCAGCGCCUGCGUCCGGUACCUCAAGAGAGUCAAGCUCAACUGGUUUCCUCCGGCCAUCCUGGACACCGGGCAAGGAUUCAAGCUGGUCCGGUCUUAGCGCCUCCAGCCCGUGAUCGCUUGGCAGCUAACCUUCCUUCUCACACGCCAGCCGCCAUUUUGUUACUGAUUUUUAUCCAAAUGAAAAAGUUUGAUUAUUUUUAAUAUUUGUUUGGGUCACAACUGAGAGAUGCACAUUGAUGCUAGUUUGCACUUUUUUUGCAUGUGAAAUUCCCUCGUGCCAGUCUAUCCUGAACUAUGAUGCCACCAAAGUGCCGAUUGCGUACAGCUUUACACCAAAGUGCUCCGUCUGAAAGACCACAAAGAGGCGCUUAUUUUGGAAGCAAUCAAAAGUGACUAUUUUAUUCCUAUUUUAUUGUUGCACAUCUUUGUGCUUGCAGUCCAUUCAAUGACCUUCACUGUAACUGGACUGUGAAGCAAGAUGAACGUGAACUAUGCAAGAAAAGAGAUGUGGUGCUUUAAAGUCAUGUAUUAUAUCUUCACAAUUAUUCAGGUUGUUUGUCAAAAUGCUUUCACAACAAAACCUUUUAAGUAAAAUUUGUUGAGAUUUGUAA